CAGGUCCACCCCUCCCCUCCCCUCCCCUGCAGCCCCACCAUGCUGGACACCAUCAGCAGUCAGUACGACUCCUUCAUCUACUGGAGGAUGCCCAUCCCGCCGCUGGAGCUGGCAGAGCUGGAGGGGCUGGGCUUGGGGUCCCUCUAUGCACCCCACAGCAAACUGCCCGAGGCAACCCAGGAGCCCAGCUGUGCGGAGGAGGACAACCUGCUGCCCUUCAGCAGCUUCAACUUCUGGAGAGCACCCAUCGCCAGCAUCAGCUCCUUUGAGUUCGACCUCAUCUGACGCCCUCCUCCCUGCUCCCCCAUCGCCAGGCGUGCCAGGGUUCGGUUUUGUUGGUUCUGUACGGUGUCAGGUGUUCGGUUUUGCUUUAUUUUAAACCCCUGGGCACUGCUAAGGAAGCCUGUGCUCAGCCCAGCCCUGCGGCAUCGCCUCACCUCCUCCAUCCCUCCUGGGAACGCAGCGGGGUGAGCGGAGCCAGGCUGUCCUUGGGAUGGAGCCCAUCUGCUUCACUCCUCAGCGCCGUGCUGAAAUCAGAAAAAGGAACCAAAGCUCCCAUCGCUUUGAAUUUUUAUGUGCUUUGGUUGUGGUGUUUUAUUUUUUUCCCCCCCUAAGAUUGUUUUCUGGGAGAGCAAACAGCAGCUCUGUUGUGGGUGUGUUUGGGGUUGGAUGCAGUGCCAUGGGAAGCCGUGGUAAAGCUGUGAUGCAAAACAUCCCAAAAGUGACCUGAAAAAAAGAGGGGCAGGCAGCUGGUGGCAGUCAGAGCGCUGGGGAGGCACCAAAGAGAGGCAGAGCUGGGCACAAAGUGCACUCCCUAAUGAGAACUGCACCUCCAACAACGACCCAUUGCUGGCACAGGUGGAAGAUUCCAACUCCAAACCACGGGCUGGAAAAGUGGGUGCCAAUCUGAGCCUGUAACCCACACAGGGCCGGGGCUGCCCAGCCAUAUGCAAGGAGCAUCACCUCUACUGCUGACAGCAGGCACAGCCCAUCCAUCCGCAGACAGCUCCCACUGGAGUACCAGCAUCACAUUGACACAGCUGUGUCUGAUUCCUGCCUAAAAGAGAGAAAAAUGGGUUCAAAGUGGAGCUGUCGCCCCAUUUUCCUCCACAAACCGAUGCCUUUUCCCCCCUACCCGCUGUAUUCACCCACCACCUGCCCCCACAGAACUGUGUCAGGUUUCUCCUGGUUUCUGCCACAGCCCCAGACUGCACGCAGCUGCUGUACCCGGCAGUCUGGCACUGCUGCUUUCCUGUGCUGCCUUUCGCAACCGUCAAUAAAGGCUGAAUGUCCUCCUCUGA